AUGAUUUCUUUUCUGUUUUCUUUAUCUUUUUCAUUCAUUUAUCAAGAAAUAGAAAAUGAAGCACAAGCGAAAACAUUCAUUGGAGGUAAGAAUCACGUGCUAACACUGUAUUACAAAAAUGGAUGCACAGGAUUUGAAGAUGCACUUAGACUUUUAAAUAAGACAGCCGAAAUGUUCGAAAAUCUUAGUGUGAUAACAAUAAACUGCAUGAACUACGAUAAUAUGCAGUUUUGCGUUUCAAAUCAAAUCGACAGAUAUCCAACAAUUCAUUUGUAUGCUGCAAAGCAGAGAAGACCACGAAAAUUCACAGAAUAUAGAGACUUAGAUUUUAUUUUGGAUUUUGUUGAAUAUCAUCUUAAAAAACCAGCGAUAAAUCGUCCAAAAAGAAUUAUGAAAUUAUAUCAACCUAAAGAUAUUAAUGCAAUGAUUGAAAACAAAACUAAUUUCGUAGCGAUAUACUACAAACCAUUUUGCAGGUACUGCGCUCAAGCAAUGCCUCAUUUCAAGAAUCUUUUCAACAUUUUCAAGAAAGACAAUGCAAAUAUUGGUUUACUUAGCUGCGAAACAUACGAAGAUUACUGCGAAAAAAUGAAUGUUACUUAUUAUCCAAAAGUUAACUUUUAUUCUCCAGAAUUUCCAAACGGAACAGAGUUUAUGGAACAGUAUACAUUACAGCCAAUGCUAAAAUUUGUUAAUGAGAACCUAAAUACUCACAGAAACAUAUUUGGCUUACUUGAUAACACAUUUGGACAGAAUGAACAAGCAGAUAAUGUCAUUGAUGAGUACUUCCAAGGUAAACAUGAAAAUGUUAUUGAAAGACUUCAAAAUGUUAAUGCUUCUCAAGUUUAUCUAGAUUUCGUUUCAAAAUUGAUUGAAAAUGGUCCUAAAUUUAUCGCAGAUGAACUCAAAUCACUUACAGAACUUAAUAAUAAAGCAGAAUCACUCGGAUUUGACAAAGCAACUGAAGAAUUAAAAAUUGAUUUGGAUUUAAUGAAAGAAAAGCUCAAUGUGUUAAAGUCUGUCGAUGCAAAGCGUGCCAAGAAUAUGAUUUCCUCAGAUUUGUAA